CUCAAAGUACUCGCAGUCCAAUGCAAUUUGGAAUUGAGCUGGGCGUCUCCCGUUGAGGGUUUCCAUCUCUUCUUUGAGCUUUCAGGAAGAAUGGCUGCUCUGACCUCCGUUCAAAAGGCCUCUUUGCUCUUGGUUCUCGGCAUUCUUGCCUUGUCUGGGUGCGCUGUCAUCUGUGCGCACAGCGCUGAGGUGGCUGUCCCGUUGAAUGGCCUUGAAAACCCCGCUGCCAGAGAGGGCGUCGGUUCGCACCAAGUCUGCAUUUGUUCUCCCAAGGUGAAAGGGCAGAAUGGAGGGUCCCCUGAUUGCCAAUGCACGGACUUGUCCAUUUUGGACAAACUGCUCUUCCCAGAAGAGACAGCAUCGACCGCAGCAGGAAACCAAGCUGAUGUCAGCAUUGCAGGUCAUCAAUCUGCAGCAGGCAACGCCAGCAAAGAGCUCGAGAAUAACAAUACUGAGCCAUCUGCUAGAGUCCUGAGGUACAAGUCCCCUCGAGCUGUUUUCUUUCAGCACUUUUCCCCCUUAAAGCACACUGACAAGUCCCUUGCAGAGACUUCUUCUGUGGCGCGCCGCAACCCUGCUCUCGACGGUCUAUCGUCAAAUAAUAUUGUCGAUGACUCCUGCCAGUCAGAAGAUUCCUCACCCGGCCACUCAGAGAGCACGUCAGUGGCAACAAGGGAAGAGAGUCAUUACAGUCAGAAGCAUCCAACUCAGCUAGACGUAGGCAGUCGCGCUAGAGCGCUGUACAGACUCUCGGUCGACUACCUCAGUGAGACGCCUUGGUCCGUUGCUCUUCUCAGUGUGGUCAUGACGCUGUCUGUCUCAUGGGGGCUGAACAAACUCCUGGCAAGAGCGGGUCUCUGCAAAGACUUCAACGUUCCUGAUGGGUGCCCCCAGUGGGCCCACGUGUGCCAGUCUUUGAUUCGGAUGAUGAAGGAGUGGAUCCAAGCUACGCACCCGCCCUGUCGCAAGAGUCCAGCUCCAACUGGGACUCGGACGAAUCCAGUGGGGAAUCAUGUGAAAUGUUGCUGUGAAGGGCUUGCGUGGGGGCACGAGCCAGUACCCGGAAAGGUACUUGGGUGUGUGGUGCGCACGACGCGUGUGGUUUAG